ACCACCUAGGGAUCACAAAGCAAAGUUGCACAAAAAUCAAACAGAAAGUUUUCUUACGAGUUCGAACGCACGAUUAUCGUUGGCGCAACAUUAGUUUUGAGUUGGCUACCAACGCGAGCGGGUCAUUCUCUUUGCAAGCGACACACUAACACGACGAAUUCAAAAUGAUGAUGGAGAACGGGCUCUCCAUGGAAGGUUAUGGUGAAAACUACAUGGAGCAAGAAGAAGAGUGGGAGCGCGAGGGACUUUUGGAUCCCGCCUGGGAGAAACAACAAAAGAAGACCUUUACAGCAUGGUGCAACAGUCAUUUGCGCAAGGCCGGCACCGGUAUCGAAAACAUCGAAGAUGAUUUCCGUAAUGGCUUGAAAUUGAUGUUGUUGCUGGAAGUUAUUUCUGGUGAAACUUUGCCCAAGCCCGAUCGCGGUAAAAUGCGUUUCCACAAAAUUGCCAAUGUCAAUAAGGCUUUGGACUUUAUUGCCUCCAAGGGUGUUCACUUGGUAUCGAUUGGUGCUGAAGAAAUUGUCGAUGGCAAUUUGAAAAUGACCCUCGGUAUGAUCUGGACCAUUAUCUUGAGAUUUGCCAUCCAAGAUAUCUCCGUUGAAGAGAUGACCGCCAAGGAGGGCUUGUUGUUGUGGUGCCAACGCAAAACCGCCCCCUACAAGAAUGUCAAUGUACAGAACUUCCAUCUGUCAUUCAAGGACGGUUUAGCCUUCUGCGCUUUGAUCCAUCGCCACAGGCCCGACUUGAUUGAUUAUUCCAAACUCUCCAAAGACAAUCCAUUGGAAAAUCUCAACACUGCCUUCGAUGUUGCUGAGAAGUAUCUCGAUAUUCCAAGAAUGUUGGAUCCUGAUGAUUUAAUCAACACUCCCAAGCCGGAUGAACGUGCCAUCAUGACCUAUGUGUCUUGCUACUACCAUGCCUUCCAAGGAGCCCAACAGGUUGGAAAUAUGACGCAUGUUCCCGAACCCACAAGACAAUACACCUACGUCCCGAAUUACGAUGCUGAAACGGCUGCUAACCGUAUUUGCAAAGUUUUGAAGGUCAACCAAGAGAAUGAACGUCUCAUGGAAGAGUAUGAACGUUUGGCUAGUGAUCUUUUGGAAUGGAUUCGCCGUACCAUGCCCUGGUUGAAUUCUCGCCAAGCUGACAAUUCCUUGGCCGGUGUUCAAAAGAAAUUGGAAGAAUACCGUACCUACCGCCGCAAGCACAAGCCCCCACGUGUCGAACAAAAGGCUAAGCUCGAAACCAACUUCAACACAUUGCAAACGAAAUUGCGUCUCUCCAAUCGUCCAGCCUACUUGCCCACCGAAGGCAAAACCGUUGCCGAUAUCUCCAACGCCUGGAAGGGUUUGGAACUCUCCGAAAAGGCCUUUGAAGAAUGGCUGUUGGCUGAGACUAUGCGUUUGGAACGCUUGGAACAUUUGGCCCAAAAGUUCAAGAUCAAGGCCGAUGCCCACGAAGACUGGACCCGUGGCAAGGAGGAGAUGUUGCAAUCUCAAGAUUAUCGUCAAUGCAAAUUGAACGAAUUGAAGGCCUUGAAGAAGAAGCACGAAGCUUUCGAAUCCGAUUUGGCCGCCCACCAGGAUCGUGUUGAGCAAAUUGCUGCCAUUGCUCAAGAAUUGAACUCUUUGGAAUACCACGAUUGCGUCUCAGUGAAUGCUCGCUGCCAACGCAUCUGUGACCAAUGGGAUCGUUUGGGUGCUUUGACCCAACGUCGUCGCACCGCUUUGGAUGAAGCUGAACGCAUCUUGGAGAAAAUCGACAUCUUGCAUCUCGAAUUCGCCAAGCGCGCUGCUCCCUUCAACAACUGGUUGGAUGGCACCCGCGAAGAUCUUGUCGAUAUGUUCAUUGUUCACACCAUGGAAGAAAUCCAAGGUCUCAUUCAAGCUCACGAUCAAUUCAAGGCUACCUUGGGUGAAGCCGAUAAGGAAUUCAAUUUGAUCGUCAACUUGGUCCGUGAAGUUGAAUCCAUUGUCAAGCAAUACCAAAUUCCCGGUGGUUUGGAGAACCCCUACACUAACAUCACCGCUAACGACAUGACACGCAAGUGGAGCGAUGUCCGCCAAUUGGUGCCACAACGUGACCAAACCUUGGCCAAUGAAUUGCGCAAACAACAGAACAACGAAAUGUUGCGCAGGCAAUUCGCCGAAAAGGCCAACAUUGUUGGUCCUUGGAUCGAACGUCAAAUGGAUGCUGUCACCGCCAUCGGUAUGGGUCUGCAAGGCUCUUUGGAGGAUCAAUUGCACCGUCUGAAGGAAUACGAACAGGCUGUCUAUGCCUACAAACCCAAUAUUGAGGAAUUGGAAAAGAUCCAUCAAGCCGUCCAAGAAUCGAUGAUCUUCGAAAACCGUUACACCAACUACACAAUGGAGACAUUGCGCGUUGGCUGGGAACAGUUGUUGACCUCAAUUAACCGCAACAUUAACGAAGUUGAAAACCAAAUUCUCACCCGUGACUCCAAGGGCAUUAGCCAAGAGCAAUUGAACGAGUUCCGUUCCAGCUUCAACCACUUCGACAAGAACCGCACCGGUCGCUUGACACCCGAAGAAUUCAAAUCCUGCCUUGUCUCCCUGGGCUAUUCCAUUGGCAAGGACCGUCAAGGUGAAAUGGACUUCCAACGCAUCUUGGCUGUUGUAGAUCCCAACUCCACCGGCUAUGUACACUUUGAUGCCUUCCUGGACUUCAUGACACGCGAGAGCACAGACACCGACACUGCCGAACAAGUUAUUGAUUCAUUCAGAAUUUUGGCAGCCGACAAGCCAUAUAUCUUGCCCGAUGAAUUGCGUCGCGAAUUGCCCCCAGAUCAAGCUGAAUACUGUAUCCAACGUAUGCCACCAUACAAGGGCCCCAACGGUGUUCCCGGCGCCCUCGACUACAUGUCCUUCAGUACAGCUCUGUACGGUGAAACCGAUUUGUAAAUCAACUGAGCUCAUGUGCCACACAAAAAAUUUUAGUUCUAUAACCAACAAAACAACUCGUCUAUUUUAAAUGAUUUUUUUUAAGUAACCAAAUUUAGAGUGAGAGAUUUUCAACCACAAAGAUCGGCUAAAUAAAGUCUACAAAACAAAAAACA